CACAUCAGACUGCUCUGGGGGUUUUACCUCCACCAGUGCCUCGGAGCCAAUUACCCAUGUAAUUAGUAACAAAUGGCUUGUGGGAUGGUGGUGGGUUUGAGUUAAAAUUAGAAGGAAGCCCAUAUUCAGGUCUUCUUGAAUGGAUGGGAAGUGGCCCAGGUCCUGGAAGUUCCAGGAAGACUCUCUUGGGGUCCACCCUGACACACCUACACACCGGCAUGCCUCACAAGCCCUUCCCCCAUUCCACCCCUCCCCAGUCUUCCAAAUGGUAACUCCACCCAGCUCCCCACUUGUUGCUGCUCAAAAUUAUAUACUGGGUACAUUCCCCUGCCUCUCUCCACUCAUCUUGUCCUCUAAUGGCGCCUAUCUUAAGUGCCAGGGGCCUCCACCUUCACCUAGGACAAGGGCCUGCCGAGCCAAAUCCCAAAGCUUCUCCUAGGAGAAUGUGGAGUUUUCAUUGCUGUCAUGUGUCCACAGCCUCCUGGGAGCCAACACCAGCCUUAGCCUCACUGCGCCACCCUGGUCUUCAGAAGGCCAUGUGUCCUUUCUUCCGCUCACUUGGAGAUGAGGACACAGGCUCAGAAAGAGUGUCCAGUGGCUCAGCCUGCACUUGGUAUUCCCCGGGGUGCCGCCCAAAACCGGCCUUUUGCUAUGUCAGCUGCCUCUGUCAGUCUCAGGAAGACCCGGCUUAUCUCCUCCCUUCCUCCUGCAGGUGCCCAGCAGAGUGCCACGGUGGCCAGUCCAGUGCCUGGUGCCAGCCCAGACCUGCUUCCCCACUUCCUGGUGGAGCCCGAGGACGUGUACAUUGUCAAGAACAAGCCUGUGCUGCUGGUGUGCAAGGCUGUGCCCGCCACCCAGAUCUUCUUCAAGUGCAACGGGGAGUGGGUGCGCCAGGUGGAUCACGUGACCGAGCGCAGCACUGAUGGCAGCAGUGGGCUGCCAACCAUGGAGGUCCGUAUCAAUGUAUCAAGGCAGCAGGUAGAAAAAGUCUUCGGGCUGGAAGAGUACUGGUGCCAGUGUGUGGCGUGGAGCUCCUCGGGUACCACCAAAAGUCAGAAGGCCUACAUCCGGAUUGCCUAUUUGCGCAAAAACUUUGAGCAGGAACCGCUGGCCAAGGAAGUCUCGCUGGAGCAGGGCAUUGUGCUGCCUUGUCGUCCCCCAGAAGGCAUCCCCCCAGCUGAGGUGGAGUGGCUCCGGAAUGAGGACCUCGUGGACCCUUCCCUCGAUCCCAACGUGUACAUCACACGGGAGCACAGCCUCGUCGUGCGGCAGGCCCGCCUGGCCGACACUGCCAACUACACCUGCGUGGCCAAGAACAUCGUAGCCCGUCGCCGCAGUGCCUCGGCUGCUGUCAUUGUUUAUGUGGAUGGGAGCUGGGGCUCAUGGAGUAAGUGGUCAGCCUGUGGGCUUGACUGCACCCACUGGCGGAGCCGAGAGUGCUCGGACCCUGCACCCCGCAAUGGCGGUGAGGAGUGCCGGGGUGCCGACCUGGACACCCGCAACUGUACCAGUGACCUCUGCCUGCACACUGCUUCUGGCCCGGAGGACGUGGCUCUCUACAUAGGCCUUGUAGCCGUGGCCGUGUGCCUCAUCCUGCUGCUGCUUGUCCUCAUCCUCAUUUAUUGCCGCAAGAAGGAAGGACUGGACUCAGACGUGGCCGACUCAUCCAUCCUCACCUCAGGCUUCCAGCCUGUCAGCAUCAAGCCCAACAAAGCAGACAAUCCCCAUCUGCUUACCAUCCAACCGGACCUCAGCACCACCACCACUACCUACCAGGGUAGUCUAUGUCCCCGGCAGGAUGGGCCCAGCCCCAAGUUCCAGCUCUCCAAUGGUCACCUACUCAGCCCGCUGGGUGGUGGCCGCCAUACCCUGCACCACAGCUCACCCACCUCUGAGGCUGAGGACUUCGUCUCCCGCCUUUCCACCCAAAACUACUUUCGCACCCUGCCCCGAGGCACCAGCAACAUGGCCUACGGGACCUUCAAUUUCCUCGGGGGCCGGUUGAUGAUCCCUAAUACAGGAAUCAGCCUCCUCAUUCCCCCAGAUGCCAUCCCCCGAGGAAAGAUCUACGAGAUCUACCUCACACUGCACAAGCCAGAAGAUGUGAGGUUGCCCCUAGCUGGCUGUCAGACCCUGCUGAGUCCCAUCGUUAGCUGUGGGCCUCCAGGGGUCCUGCUCACCCGGCCAGUCAUCCUUGCCAUGGACCACUGCGGAGAGCCCAGCCCUGACAGCUGGAGCCUGCACCUCAAAAAACAGUCCUGCGAAGGCAGCUGGGAGGAUGUGCUACACCUCGGGGAGGAGUCGCCCUCACACCUCUAUUACUGCCAGCUGGAGGCGGGUGCCUGCUACGUCUUCACUGAGCAGCUAGGCCGCUUUGCCCUGGUGGGAGAGGCCCUCAGUGUGGCUGCCACCAAGCGCCUCAAGCUCCUGCUGUUUGCUCCUGUGGCCUGCACUUCCCUCGAGUACAACAUCCGUGUGUACUGCCUGCAUGACACCCACGAUGCACUCAAGGAGGUGCUGCAGCUGGAGAAGCAGCUGGGCGGACAGCUGAUCCAGGAGCCGCGUGUCCUGCACUUCAAGGACAGCUACCACAGCCUGCGCCUGUCCAUCCACGACGUGCCCAGCUCCCUGUGGAAGAGCAAGGUCCUGGUCAGCUACCAG